UCUAUACACGGUUGUAGAUAAUAUAUUUAUAGCCGUGGGUCUAUAUUCUAUCUAUAUUUUAUACAUGCUAUUAUUCAUUAUACAUAUUAGUAUUAGAAAGGUGGAUUGAUCAAUCCACAUUGAGUAUUAUUUACACGAAGUUUUGUAUUUAUAAAAAAAAGUUACAAAAUAUACAAUUUUGAAAAUGGAGUCAAAUAGUGGAACGGGUACAGUGUCGAGUAUCAAGAUAGAAGAUGAAUCGGAUGAUGGUGUUUACAUAAGGCCAUCUAAAAAAAAAAUAAUGACAUCACAAAUUGUAACUAACGAUGAACUAACUAAUUUGAUUCAAGAACGCUUAGCAAAUAGACGCACUGGUGAACGCACAGAAUUUGCUAAUCAAUUGGCUAGAAAACUAAUUAAAAAGCUUCAUGACAAAGAUGAAAAAAUUAGAAAGAUAAAAGGAAAAAAAAGGAGAGGUGUUGUGGCUGAAAUCAAAGAUGAAAAAAGUGGACAUUUAAAUAUGAAAAUAGUUAAGGAAGACAUAAAUUUAGACUCAGAUUCAUUGGUUGAUUCUGAUUCUAUUGAUUCACCAGAGCCUAUUCUUCCAAAAAAAUCUGCCAAGAGAAAGAAAAAAGAAACUUCAAAAAUGACGGGUAAAGAAAUAGCAAUGACUAUUUUGAAUUGCAAACAGAUUGUAGAAGGCAUAAAAGGCACCUCUAUUGAUAAGAAAGUAGCUAUCAAAUUUACCUCAACAUUGAAGUCUCGUCUAGCCAACAAGUUGAAGAAAAAUUCAAACGUUGCUAAAUAACUAGGAUAUUAGCAUAAUUUAUAGUUUAUCUAUUUAUAUUAGUAAAAAAAUUCAAGAUAAAAAUGGCCAAAGAAAAUUAUUUUAAAAUUUAAACAAUAGUCGAUUAAUUAAAGUAAAACAUACAUAUAACUGUUAAAAUGUUAAAAUACAUUCAAUAAGAAUUAAUGUUUAAUGUUUUUAAUUUAAGACAUCAGUUUUAGCUAGAGGUAAAUUAUAUUCUUUAAUGUAAAAAAAUGUAAUGCAUUUGUUGUUUAGAAUUUAUCGUGAGUUUUUAUUUUUCAUACGGAUAAUACACACUACAACUUUAAAUAAAUAUUAUUUUAGGUUAAUUUGUAGUGUAUUAUAGAAUUUAUAAAAAUGGGUUUACCUUUUUUUGAUCUGUAUCUCAAAACAAACCGUUUUUUCAUAAAACUACAAUCCACAGAUGUUAUUAAAACCUACAUUUAUAUGAUUCUUUAUUCUCCGCACAUGCAUCAAAUAUAUGGCCAGCUUUGAAUUUUUUAUAGUGGAAUAUUAUAUUAUAUAGAGUGUAAAAUAUACAGAUUAUUAUUUAAAGUAUUAAUGAGUAAUGACCACAUUAAGUAUACUGUACAAACAAUCAUCUUGGGUGAUAACACAGUUUCAAGUUGGAUGGAUGAAUAUCAUAUUAUUGUUGAUAGGAAUAACUAGAAUUAAGAGUUCAUCACACAUUUCAUAGAUAAUAAUUUUAUUGACAUUGUUUGAUCAAAUUAUGUUGUUAUGCAUGAAGCAUAGCUUUUACCUAGGUUUAACAUUUUAAGUUGAGUUACAUAAGCAAGAAGACCAUUAAAACUUAAUUGACUUGCAGCUAAUUCUUACAUACAUACUAUAUUUAAAGAAACAUUAUUACUUAAAAUUUUUUAUUUUAUUUGUAUAGUUUUAUGUAUAAUAUUGAUUCAUUUUCUUUGGCUUAUUAUACUGUCAUUAACUCAUUCACUAGUUUAUAACAUUAUAUGCACUAACAUGUUGAAUAUCAUUGUAAAGGAAAAAGAUAUAGUAAUACAACUAUGAUAAGUUUGUUCCUUAAUAUUAAUAAAAACCUUUAAAAGCUAGUUUUUGAGGAUUUGAGGAUUGAAAAUUGGGUAUGAUAAUCCUUUGUAUCGUUCCUUUUAUUUUGCUUGUUCAGUUUCCAUUUUUGUUAUACAAUUAUUAUCAUUAAAACAAAUAUUUCACAUUAUUUAUAUUUAUAACUAAGUAGUAAUAAUAUAUAAUAUUAGUAUUUUUAUCUUAAGAUUACUAUCUAAUAAAAAAUUAUGUAAUUAGUAUUGUACACUUCUCAUUCUAUGAAUUGUCU